UUGUUUUCAGGAUUACACACUUAUCCACUAAGAUGUUGGGUUUCGGCCGCAGCCGCUGCAAAACAGUCAGCGAGCGAUGUAGAAUUUGCACGUAGGUAUUUUAUCGAAGACGGGUGUCCCUCUGCCGACGACAAUUCCUUACUGUCAUCUUUAGAGCAGAAAACGGGUCCAGGUCGAUAUGCAGAAUGGACCAAAUUAACGGUGCCAAUUACGCGUAACCUUGUUAGCACUUCACUACUCAAUGGCAUAGCAGACAUCGGUGACGGUCCGUCGAGUCAUUUGACAUUUCGAGGAGACGGACGAUGUCCACGAGCAUCAUUUUGUUCGCCGGCUGCUGCGGAGGGUCGACGUUGGCCAGCAUGGCUCGAGCCUUAUCUUCAGCAUGCGGUGACCGUCACACUAGGCAAUCCGAUCCGAAUUCUAUUAGCGAACGCUAGCGAGCCAUCGUUGGACAACGAUGAUACGUCAGUUUCGGAUGAAAUGGUCGCUGAAAGCGACGAUAAACCUAUCAGUGCUGCAUACGGUCAGUAUUGUCUCUAG